AACCAAACUACCUUCUGCUCGUUCUUUCUUUUCCCCCCGUUUCAUUCAGCUGACUGCAUGGAAAAACAGUGCCUUGUUGCAGGCAUGUGCAGUAGCUCUCUUAAAAAAGUUUGUGUUCAGAGGUGGCAUGAGGCUGCAAUACCUCUUUUGUAUCAUUGGUCCUUGCCCCUCAGAAGGGACACAGCUCCAGAUUAUGUGUCUGCUGGAACAGUGUCUAGUGUAGAAAAUUCUGGGGAUUUCCUCCCUCAGAGCUCAGCACCCUGUGUUUGCUAAGGACUAUUUUAUCAUGUCUAUUCAAAACUGCAAAGACUAUUUUAAACUUGUGGUAAUAGUACAUUUAUUUCAAAUCUUCUCUUGCAGUUUGCAUGAAUAAAGCUUUGCUUACAGACGUAUCUCAGAGCUAUGAUAAGUUUCAUGUUCUGAUGACUUCCUGUCAUCAGUUUUCUUGGCAAACCUAGUAAUGCUUCUGCAGCAAUGCUGAAAGUAUCAGCAACUCUUAAAUGCUUCUGAAGAUGAGUGGAAAUUAACUCAGUGGCAGCAGCUAAAUCCAGCAUCAAUCAGCUCAUAACCCCCUCAGGGCUGGAAAGACCAGGAGUAUUCCUGCUCCUGUGAUGAGAGACCAAGAGUUCUCACAACACCUUUUUUAACUCUGUUCUUUUCAGAUCUCUAUAGCCUUACAGAUCGUGGUGUCUACUUGCCUGACUUCCACCUCACCCACUCUCACUGGGGGAGGUUUGCAGGUGAAGAUGAACAAUAGGAUCCUCUUCUUGUCCCUCCUUGGCUUCCUCCCAUUCGUGAUACCUACGUGCCCUCCACCAUGCAAGUGUGCCACCAACAUUAUUGACUGUAUGUCCAAAGGCCUAACUGUAACAAAACUACCAGUGGCUUUCCGGCCGUCGGCUGAAAUUAUCAACCUCAGUUACAACAGGCUCACCUCUAUUCCCAGCGGGCUCUUUGAUAAUCUGAAAAGCCUCCAAACAGUGCACUUGCAGGGCAACCCUUGGGAAUGCAACUGUGACAUCCUCUACUUGCGCUCCUGGCUGCAGUGGCAGCAGAACCGGACCUUUUACAGGGAUGUGAGAUGUGCCUCCCCAGCUCACCUUCAGGACCGGGUCAUUGCUUAUCUGGCAGAAGAUGAGAUCAUCUCCACGUGCCAGUACUGGUACUGCACCCUGGCUUUCUUCUCUCAACUCAUUCUCAUCAUCCUCCUUUUCCUCCAGGCUAUCUUGGUCAUAUUCAUCAUUAUCUACCUGCAGAGAUUUCGGAGAACGACUGCUGAAGCCCGGAGCACCACCUGGGAUCUGUAUCAGCAUGCAGAUACCCAGUCCCUACAGGAGCAAUAAGAGUUGUAAGAGUGAGGGUCCCCUCUGUUCCGGGUGUUGCUGAGCCGAAAUCGGGUGGUGUACGAGACCCAGAGGGGACAUUCAGUGCAGCAUCUGACCCUGACUGCAGCCCCCAGCAGGACCUGGAACUGAUCAGACACUUGUUCUGUUUCUAGGGAGCAGAUCUUAUGCUUCUUACUGCUUUGAACGCUUCAGCAUGGUCUUCAUUGCUUUGCUUUUGCUGAAUUGCUGAAAGCGGUUCUGUUUCUGCCCAAGGAAACCAUAAACUGCAUCAAGCAGAAUGACCGUGGCAGCGCUCGAGCUGCUGGGGUGCAGUGCUCCAUCCAUCCGCGCUGGGUAUUUCAGCCGUGCUUUCCCUGUGCUCGUGGUCGCUCUGUGUGAGGCCGGGGCAGAGGUGAGCAGUGAGCGGGAUGAUGGAGGAACGCAUCUCGCGGUGCAGAACCGCCUCGCUCGCCCUGGCUGAGCGACAGCAGGUUUCCGCUGCCUCCGUCAGCAGAGCAGAACAGAACGGGUGUUUCUUCCUGCCCGCGUAUUUUGUAACCUUCUCCUCGGGCAGCGUUUUUAGCCUCCUGCUGGUUUUUAGUACUGACUUCAACGCGCCCCGCGUUCCCACGGAGCUCCCGGCGCCGCGCGGAGCCGGCUUUGAGCCUCCGCUGCGCUGCCGUGCACCUGCCCGCUGCUGCUCACCGGCCUCCGAAUCGUUUUUGUAGCGAAACAAUGGAAUAAAAUAAAGGUGAACUGCGCUGUAA